UAGUUUUUAUUCCUUUGUAAUGUUCGCCUGCAACUUAUGUACCUAAAAAAAAAGAUGUGAUUUUGAUUACUUCCCCAUCUUUUAACAGACUCGAAUCUCUCUGGGUUUCUUCUUAUUCAUCUCUUCUAUAAUCGAUCUGCAUGUAACGUUCUAAGAUUUUGCAUAAAGUCUCAAUUUUUUUAAGGUCUCUUUCAUUGGUGAAUCUGAAGCUAUUGUCUCUCUCUAUCGGAUGAAUUCUCCGUCGAGUUACAAGAAUCUGAGACUCUUUUCGAAACCCAUCGCUUUCAAAUGUCUUGUUCUCGUUGGUAUUGCUCUGUUUCUCUCUUCCUCUCCCAGAAACCUUCUCUUGAUCCGAACGCGUUACACGUCAGAUUCCUCCUCGACCAGUGGAGUUAGAACCGAUAAGUUUCUCGAGGUUCCUCAGAUCGUGUGGGGACUGAACAAUCAGAAGAUCGCUUUCGCCAGAGCUUGCUUGACGGCGAGAACCAUGAACAGAACGCUUCUCAUGCCUAGCUUAAGCGCUUCCUUGUUCUACAAGGAAGUAGACAAGCUUCUUCCCUUUCCUUUUGAUAAAGUGUUUCAGUUCGAAAGGUUCAACUCUCUGUGCGGUGGGUUUGUGCAACUAGCUCGGUUCUCUGACGUUAGAAACAGAACACAAGUGUUUGAUUUGGAGAAAGGUAGUGGAAGAAGAUGGACGGUGGAGAGAGACUUGGAGCAGCUGAAGCAGUCUGUAUCCGUUGAUGAGUUUGAAGUGAUCCGUGUCAAAGGGAAGAACCCGUUCUUGUGGCACGAUCACUGGCCGGUUAAGGACUAUGCUAAGGUCUUUGAGUGUAUGGUUGUGGUUGAUGAAAUCUCGAGAGAAGCAGAUAAAGUGGUGACAAGAAUCAGACAAGCAGGGGGAGAUAGAAUCAUGACGGGUCUUGUCCCUUUUGUUGCGGUUCACAUGAGGAUAGAGAUAGAUUGGAUGAUACAUUGCAAGAAGCUGGAACAGAGGCAGAAAGUUUCAGAGAUUUGUAGUAGUAAAAGAGAGAUUAUGGAGAGAGUAGGGAACAUUUCAGGUUUAAAGACUCCCACAGUUCUUUACCUAGCGGUAGCUGAUAGUCUCUUGGAAGAGAAAGAAGGAGAAUCAUCGGUGUUAGCGGGUUGGAGAGAAGGGUUGAUACCUUUUGAGAAGAAGAAGCUUGGAGUUAAAGUGGAGAUUUACGGCAAGUACUCGUAUUUGAUUCAGUCUGCUAUUGAUUAUGAGGUGUGUUUAAGAGCAGAUGUUUUUGUUGGUAAUAGCUUUUCUACUUUCUCUAGUCUCAUUGUUCUUGAGAGGACGCAGAAGGCGAGGAGGUUAGGGUUUGUGAGUUCUUGUGAAGAUGGUGGAAACGUGUGGAGUUCGUAUGCAUAUAAUCUUGCUGGAGAAUCAGAGGGAGUUCCAAGGAGAUGGAUGACGAAUAUGACUCAUUCUAGCUUGGAAGCUAUUAGCUAUGGUUCAAACUCUGUUUCUUGUUCAAGUGAGUGAAGUGGACACAUUUUAGAAUUAGUUUUUUGGUCUUUUUUAUACAAUUCGUUUAUUUGUGAGGUACAGAGUUGUGUAGAUUUUAGAUCUCUUGUUUUUCAAAUUUGUCUUUCUAUUGGUAAGAGAGUAAGAAGUGGAA